UCUCUGUCUUUCCUUUUCUCGCCAAUGCUCCAUUGUGUAGGCACAGCCACGUGCAUGCAGUAGAUAUUCGCUUACUUGUUUUACACGUCCGCUUCAUUCAAACACACGGUGACACGAUGGUGAAAUUAGCCAAGGCAGCUAAUAAACAAGCAAACCAAAAGAAAAAAGCUCCUCCGCCUCCCAAAGAAGUGGAUGAAGAAUCAAGUGAAGAGGAAGAGACUCCUCCACCAAAAGUGGUAAAGAAAGCUACACCAGCCAAAGCUACCAAAGUUAAUGCAAAAAAUGGCAAAGCUGCAAACAAGGCAGAAAGUGAAGAGGAAGAUGAUUCUGAGUCUGAAGAGGAGGCCCCACCUCCUAAGAAAACUCCUGCCAAAGCGGCUCCCGCUGCAGCUGACGAAUCGGAUGACGACGACGACGAUGAUGAUGAAGAGUCUGAAGAGGAGGCCCCACCACCCAAGAAAGCAGCUAAGUCAAAGGCCCCUGCCAAGCAAGUGAAGGCCAAGCCUGCAAAGGAGCCCUCAGAUGAUGAUGAUGAUGAAGAGGAAGAAGAGACCCCUCCCAAGAAGGUUGCAAAACAAGCUGCUAAGCCAAAGGCUAAGCCAGCUAAACAGGAGGAGGAGGAUGACGACGACGAGGAUGACGACGAGGAUGACGACGACGAGGAUGAUGAAUCCGAAGAGGAAAUGGACACAACACCUGCUCCAGCAGCUUCCAAAGCAAAGAAGGCAGGCAUGGUAAAGGCCAAGGAAGAGUCUGAGGAGGAUGAGGAGGAUGAUGAGGAGGAAGAUGAGGAGGAAGAUGAGGAGGAAGAUGAAGAGGAAGCCCCAGUGACUCCUGCUAAGAGGAAGGCAGAGGGCAAAAAGGACACACCACCUGCCAAGAAGGCAAAGUCAGAAGGAGAAGGUUUCUGUCUGUUUGUUGGAAACCUGAACUUCAACAAAGACUUUGAUGAAAUCAAAAGUUCGUUGAGGAAAUUCUUCACCAAGAAUGACAUCGAGGUUGCUGAUGUCCGGUUAGGUGGAUCCAAGAAAUUUGGCUAUGUCGAAUUUUCAUGUGAAGAGGACAUGCAGAAGGCACUGGAACUCAACGGCAAAAAGGUUAUGGGCCAGGAAAUAAAACUGGACAAGGCCAGAAGCAAGGAAAACUCCCAGGAAGGCAAGAAAGAAAGGGACUCACGGACGCUUUUUGUAAAAAACCUUCCCUUCGCUGCUACGGUUGAUGACUUGAAAGAGGUUUUUGAGGAUGCGGUUGAUGUCAGGUUGCCAGUUGGCCAGAACGGCUCUAAUAGAGGAAUCGCUUACAUAGAGUUCAAAACUGAGGCUGAGGCAGAGAAGAUGCUGGAAGAGGCACAGGGUUGCGAUAUACAGGGGAGGUCUGUUGUGCUAGAUUUUGUGGGAGAAAAAAGCCAAAAAGGGGCCAAGGUAGCAGUUGCAGCCUGCAAGACAUUAGUGGUGAAUAAUCUAGCCUUUAGCGCCACAGAAGAGGUCUUGCAAUCCACAUUUGAGAAGGCAGUUUCCAUCAGAAUCCCCCAGAGAGAUGGCAGACCCAAAGGGUUUGCAUUUUUAGAGUUUGAGAGCACCGAAGAUGCCAAGGAAGCCUUGGACACACUGAACAACACAGAGAUUGAAGGCCGCUCAAUCCGCCUUGAGUUCAGCCAGAACAGCGGUGGCAGGCCAGAAGGAGGCAGGGGAAACUCUGGUCCAACAAAGACUCUAUUUGUCAAGGGUCUCUCAGAGGAUACAACGGAUCAAACCCUCAAAGAUGCGUUUGAAGGCUCAGUGGGUGCUCGGAUUGUCACAGACAGAGACACAGGUUCUUCUAAAGGUUUUGGCUUUGUAGACUUCGACAAUGAGGAUGACUGCAAAGCAGCCAAGGAAGCUAUGGAGGAUGGCGAAAUCGAUGGUAGCAAGGUGACUCUGGACUACGCCAAGCCCAAGGGCGAAGGUGGUUUCCGUGGAGGCCGUGGUGGUGGCGGAGGCGGCUUCGGCGGCGGCUUCGGUGGCGGCUUCGGCGGCCGUGGUGGCGGAAGAGGAGGUCGCGGCGGCUUCGGUGGACGUGGUGGUGGUGGCUUUGGCGGCAGAGGAAGAGGAGGCCCUCGUGGAGGUGGACGUGGUGGCGGACGUGGUGGCUUUGGAGGUGGACGUGGUGGUGGUGGUUUUGGAGCCAAGCCCCAAGGAAAGAAAAUUAAGUUUGAUGACUAAACUGUCUGUUUUACUUUUUGAAUGGACUCUGGUUUCAUCAGUUUUCAGAGCUUUUGGACAUUCCAGAAAGCGUCAUUGAUAAAUAUUUAACUGUUUAAACGGGCAUUUUAGCCCAUGUAUUUAGAAUCCUCAAACUUUACCCGCCCUCCUGUGCCAAAAAGGGCACAGUUGACCUUUCAACUCGUGCGAGUACUGAAUGUCCUGAAUAAAAACAUGCACCCCUCCACUUGUUUAGUUUGUAAUUCUAGGAGUGAAACGGAAUGGGUCUAGCAAAACAAGUUUGCUGUGAAAACUGAGCGUCAUUUUUUUCCCCCUGCCGAUACAUACAUGUGUAAAUUAAACAGUUUGUAUGCUUUCUAUUUUACCAUUUUGUAAAAAAAAAAACAUACACUUGUAUCCACAUUUUGUUUUUAUUUGUUUAGUUAUAGUUUUACUGUAAUGUGUAAAGCAUAUUUUGAUAGGGUUUGAGUCCUCAUCAGUUUGGUGUUAUGGCGAAGAUAUGUUUAUCAGGAUGUUGGAGAAUGACUGCACCGCUGAAUUGUGUAACAUAUUUGUAGUGUGUUGAAUGUUUCCCCAUCUGAGAAUCUAAUUGUUUCAUUGAAUAAACCUUGAAGGUGAUUUUUA